CCCUCAAUGCCAUCCGCCGACUUCGCCGCAGCUCAAGAACGCAUCGCAGCCCGCCGCGCACAACGCGCUCGGGCCCAACAUGAAGCAGCCCGCACAGCGCAGUCCACCUCGUCCAUAGCCCGCUUGCCCUUCCCUUUCAACCGCUUCGGAAACACUGGCCUCUCGAUAUGGCAUUCCAUUCGGGGGCGUGAAGGUACCCAGCCUGAAUUUCGCGUCGGUCAAGUCGACGCCGAAUUACUCGACGAAGAACUACUCGACCUGCUCAAGGGCCAGGUCUCCGAGGGUCUGAAAUACUUCGGUACCCAUAUCGCCGACAGCUACACCCCCGAGAUUCUGCUUGCUCUUCGCUUGAUUCUGUUCAAGCUCAGUGUGUGGAACAACGAUGCCAGCUAUGGCGCCCACCUCCAGGGUCUCCGAUACACAGAUGCCCGUAGCACCAGCUCCGACCGGCCGCGGCCUUCAAAAUGGCAGAAGACAGCAUACGGUGCCAUUACAGUGGGCGGUCGCUACGCAUGGGCAAAGUGGGAAGACUACCUCCUCUCUGCAUCUGAGGACUACACCCGCCCGCAGUCCGAGACUCUGCAAUUCGCCUCGCAAAUCUCCGACUAUCUAGGCUCAGCGCAUGACUUUGCGUCUCUAGCAUCCUUCCUCGUCUUCCUCGUCAAUGGCAGAUACAGAACACUGACCGAUCGUUUUCUACGUCUCCGCUUGACCCCAACCUCACAUUCCACAAGUCGCGAAGUCUCUUUCGAAUACCUGAACCGCCAACUCGUCUGGCACGCCUUCACCGAAUUCCUCCUGUUCCUCCUCCCCCUCGUCGGUAUCUCACGCUGGCGCCGCAUCCUCGCCCGUACAUGGCGCAAACUCCGCACCUCAACCCUCACCCUCCUCGGCCUUAAAACAUCCUCUCCCUCUAUCGAAGAUGACGACGACCCCACGCCCGCAGGCGAACUCUCAUUCCUUCCCGAACGCACAUGCGCCAUCUGCUACCGCGACCAAAACCCCCCGACGGCCACUGAGCAAGAUAUCCUCGCGCAAUCCACAUCUGGCGGCGGCGUCGUCGGCUCCGCAGCAACAGAUAUCACGAACCCCUAUGAAACUGUACCAUGCGGCUGUAUAUACUGUUUCGCAUGUCUAGCACAACGUAUUGCAAACGAAGAAGGCGAAGGCUGGACAUGUCUGCGCUGCGGCGAGAUCGUGAAAGAGUGCAUGCCAUGGGACGGCGAUGUCGUCGAGACCCGUCGGGGCCACCACCACCCAGCUCAACAGCACCACCAAUCAUCAAUGUCGCAAUCGCCUUCUCAUGGGAAGUCUGUGGGGUUUGCUACUGUUGCUCCGCCCAUGGCAGAUCACGACGAUGAUGAGGAGCCUUCACGUGCGCUCCGCGAAAUCGACCCUAUCCCUGAUACGGAACACGAUCUCAGCGGUGUGGCGGCGACUAUUGACCAGCGACAAGCUGCAUCCGCGGGUCUCGAGUACACGCGCGGUCUUGAUCUUGGACAGAGUCUAGACGAGAGCGCAGAGUGGGCGCGCGCUAGUGUCGUGUAUAGGAGUAGUAGUGAGGACGAGGAUGAGCAGAGUGAGGAGUACGAUGAGGACGAGCAGGCCGAGGGCGACGAGUUGGGGUUUGAGGGUAUGUGA